GAUGAUAAUUUACCCCUGCCCUGAUGCGCAGAGUUGAGGACUAGUGUGCGGACAGCGCCUUAUUGUUGCGCAUAUUACAGCAACAACAUAUACGAUUUGGGUCUGUGGCAAUGGAACCCUAAUAUCUCGUGCCGAUGUCCUAAUUUAUGGAUUGAGUAAUACUGUAACCGAUCUUGUCAUUCCGACACCAAAAGUUGUGCUGAGGGAUUCUUUAUCUGCUAUCAAGCACCUAGGAGGAAAAUGUGGAGAUUUACGAAUUUAUUAGCUUGCCUACUGGUGGUGUGUAAAGAUGUCACUGCGCAGAGUAAGAUCUUUGGGGAGACAGAGCCGGUGCGGAUGACAUCGGAGGGCUCAGACUGUCGAUGUAAGUGCAUCAUGAGGCCACUGAGCAAGGAUGCGUGCCAGCAUCUGAGGAGCGGAAAAGCACGGGUGGAGGACUUCUACACGGUGGAGACCGUCAGCUCUGGAUCGGACUGCAAGUGUUCCUGCACAGCCCCUCCCUCCUCCCUCAACCCCUGCGAGAAUGAGUGGAAGAUGGAGAAGCUGAAGAAACAGGCCCCAGAGCUUCUCAAGCUCCAUUCCAUGGUGGACCUACUGGAGGGGACGCUGUACAGUCUGGACCUCAUGAAGGUUCACUCCUACAUCAAUAAGGUGGUCUCCCAGAUGAACACACUAGAGGAGACAAUCAAGACCAACCUGACUCGGGACAAUGAGUUUGUAAGGGACAGCAUGAUCACUCUGACUAACCAGUUUAAGAGGUAUGAGAACUACUCAAACAUCAUGAUGAGCAUCAAGAAGGAGAUCUCCAGCCUGGGGCUGCAGCUACUGCAGAAAGACCAAACAGAGACCAAAGCUCAGGACACCAAUGAUGAGAAAACCAAAGAGACCGUUAAAAAACCUAACAAAAAGCCCCCUGCAUCCAAGCCCCCUCCCAAGCCGCCCAAGGAAAAGGUUGUAAAACCCAAGAAAGAGAGCACCAAACCUGGGAAGCCCAUCAAGCCUGACCCCACAGCCAAGGCCAAGGUGGCAGGGCACCAGCCGGGGGUAGUGAGGGGCAUCACAUACUACAAAGCAGCCAAGGUGGAUGGGGACGGGCAUGUCACAGGCGGUAAAGACAACACUGCCAAGACUCAAACCGUCCAACACGUCAAAGAGACACACUCGGAGGACGGAGGCGCUGAAAUCAUCUUGGAAACCAUAAAGGGAACCACAGCUGAGUCGACAACUACCACAGAAACUGCUGUCACUACCACGACAACAAUGGCAGCAACAACAACAACAGCCAGUACCACAAUGCCAUCUACUACCACUACCACCACCACCACCACCAGUGCAGCAGGAGUAGAGAGGCUAGACAGACCAGCUCCCACCAUCAUGCUCUUCCUGGACAACUCAGACAACAACAGCCGGCCAAUCCUACACAGAGCAGGGAAGAUCCUAGACUGUGAGGGGACCCUGGCAUCUAUCGAGCUUCCAGAGAAGCAGCACAGCUAUGGGCGGAAUGAGGGAGCCUGGAUGAAGGAUCCCCUGGCAAAGGACUCCAAGAUCUACGUCACUAACUAUUACUAUGGCAACAACCUGGUGGAGUUCCGAAACCUGGACAACUUCAAGCAAGGUCGUUGGAGCAACCUCUUCAAACUGCCUUACAAUUGGAUCGGCACAGGCCACGUGGUGUACAACGGAGCAUUUUACUACAACAGAGCUUUCACCAAGAACAUCAUCAAGUACGACCUAAGGAUGCGCUACGUGGCCGCCUGGACCCUCCUGCAUGACGUGGUUUACGAGGACACCACCCCUUGGAAGUGGAGAGGCCACUCGGACAUUGACUUUGCCGUGGACGAGAGUGGGCUGUGGGUGAUCUACCCUGCCACGGACUAUGACUACUCUCAGCAGGAGGUGAUCGUCAUCAGUAAGCUGGACCCUGGGGAUCUGUCCAUGAAGAAGGAGACAACUUGGAGGACGGGCCUGAAAAGAAACUCCUACGGGAACUGCUUCAUCAUCUGUGGGGUGCUGUACGCUGUGGACGUCUAUAACCAGAAGGAAGGGGAGGUGAACUAUGCCUACGACACCCACACCAACUCAGAGGCUAUCCCUCGUCUGCCCUUUACCAACGAAUACGCCUACACCACCCAGAUCGACUACAAUCCCAAGGAGAAGGUCCUGUACGCCUGGGACAAUGGACACCAGAUCACAUAUAACAUACACUUUGUUGACCAAUGAGCACAGGGGUUUUGCGCUCAGGUAAAGUAUAGGCCAUCAGCACCAUGACAAGUUCACUAUCCCCAUAGAGAUAAGAGAGAUGCUCAGUAAUAGAUGCAGUAAAGAGGUCAAUGGAACGUAGACAGCGGGGGAUAGAAGAAGGACGCCGGAUUGGGGCACAUUCAAAUCUGAUCUAUUGAAGUGGAUAUUCAUCAAGUCCAUUAUCAUUGAUGUAUUGUAACAGGCCUACAAUGUGGUUACUAAAGUCCAAUUUUGAUAUAUUUGGCUGUUUUUGCUGCAUAACAUUUAGAAGUAGUCCCUGUUCAGGUUUAGAAGAAGUAACUGCUAAAUGCUAACUCCCGUUCGAAUAAACUGGUAGCGUAGCUAGCACUGAGAUCGGUGGUGGUAGUCAAUGUUGUUUUUAACUGUAAUGCAGUUCAUUGGUGAAGAUGACAUGAACAUGUGUUGGGGUUGACAUCCAUACAGCAUUAUACUCUGAUUUUCACCUCAACAUAUUGUGAAAUACACAUAUAAACAAUAGCCUAAAUGUAGGUUAAUUUUAAUGGGGGGCAGUGAGGAGAUUCGAAUCUUUCCCUUCGAGCGUUUCCAUGGCAUUUUCAUUGUUUUGGUCAAGUUCCAUUGACCUCUUUACCGGAUCUAUGGACAGUCCAGCAGCGGCCAUAUUAGAUUCAACAGCCAACACUCCUCUUUCAAUGCAUACUAACCAAUACACUUGACAGCAUACCAUACACAACAAGGUUCCUGGUCAAUGUGGACUCUAUAUUGGGAUGCUCUUGUAAAUCACGAACGGCUCAUUUAUUCCACCCAUUUUAUUUUUAUGGCCCAUCAAACUCUAUCCUGUCACCUAGCACUAUGAUCAUCUGUAAUUUUCCUUUCAGGCCUAUUGAUGAUGUUUGUUUUUUUAACUUGUAUAAAUGUUGCUGCGUACUGUAGUGUUAACUGUUCAAAUUGUUUCUUUCAGUGAGGAUGAGGGAUGCUUUGAAUAUACAGUACCAGUCAAAAGUUUCUACCUUGUAGAAUAAUAGUGAAGACAUCGAAACUAUGAAAUAACACACAUGGAAUCAUGUAGUAACCAAAAAAGUGUGAAAUAAAUAAAAAUGUAUUUUAUAUUUGAGAUUCUUCAAAGUAGCCACCCUUCUGCCUUAAUGACAGCUUUGCACACUCUUGACAUUCUCUC